UCCUGCUUUUUUUUUUUUUUACCUUUUACUCUUUUUUUCAACAACCCAAUUCCCAAAACAAAAACUUUUUUGGUCUCUUUCACGCAAUCUUCACUUGCACAAGGUUGCUUUCAAAGCUUCAAACUUCAAAUCUCCAUUUUUGUGUCACAACAGUUUCCCCUGUUUUCCUCAGCUUCCCCUGUUUUGAAAAAGAGCUCUCUGUUUUUUCUUCCUUCUUCGCAAUCAAGAAUGGCCAUAAAGACAAUCGAAUUGUUGAAGGGGUGCGCUUCCCAAGAAGAGAUGAUGGAAGUUCUUGCAGCUGUGGCUUCCGAUUUGGGUGAUGUGAUCGAAGAUUUGAACAACUUGCAGGUGAUUCCACUGAAAGGUGCAAUGACCAAUGAGGUUUUCCAAGUAAAUUGGCCAACCAGAAAUGGUGGAGGCGGUUUGAGGAAGGUUUUGGUUCGAUUGUAUGGCGAAGGUGUUGAGGUUUUCUUCAACAGAGAAGAAGAAAUUCGAACCUUUGAGUGCAUCUCAAAUCAUGGACAGGGUCCAAGGCUUCUUGGAAGGUUCACCUCUGGCAGAGUUGAAGAGUUCAUUCAUGCUAAGACUCUCUCAGCUGCCGACCUCCGGAACCCGGAAAUAUCUCCUUUGAUAGCCUCUAAGAUGAGAGAGUUCCAUUCGCUUCACAUGCCGGGUCCUAAGAAGAUUCAGCUAUGGCAGAGACUAAGGAAUUGGCUUAGUCAAGCCAAGAGUUUGUGCUCUGCUAAGGAUAUCAAAAACUUUGGUUUGGACAAACUAGAUGAGGAAAUAAAUAUGCUUGAGAAGAAGUUAUGUGAAGGAUAUCAAGAGAUUGGUUUCUGUCACAAUGACCUUCAAUAUGGUAACAUAAUGAUGGAAAUAGAGACAAGGGCAAUAACUAUCAUUGAUUAUGAAUAUGCAAGUUACAAUCCUGUUGCUUAUGACUUGGCGAAUCAUUUCUGCGAAAUGGCGGCCGAUUACCACACGGACACCCCUCAUGUUCUGGACUACAGUAAAUAUCCUGGACUAGAGGAGCGCCAACGCUUUAUUCGAGUCUAUCUGAAUUCAGAAGGAAAGAAGCCAAGCAAAACUAAAGUGGAGCAACUACUCAACACUACAGAGAAAUACACUCUUGCAAACCAUCUAUUCUGGGGUUUGUGGGGGCUCAUUUCUAGUUAUGUUAAUAAAAUUGACUUUGACUACAAAGAAUAUGCAAGGCAGAGGUUUCAGCAAUAUUGGUUGACAAAGCCUGCUUUGUUGGAUUCAGAAGGCAAUGUUUCUGAAGAUGAAAUUGUGGCAUCCUUCAUAUAAUUACCUUCUUAGUCAAGUUAAUCUUAAUUAGUAGUAUUUAUUCAAUAACAACCUCUAAUGGCAUGAUCAUAUGCAGUGUUAUAUUUGUAAAUAAUAUAAUCACUGACAAUGUGUGAUGAAUUUUUGUCAUUUUUUUUUCCUGUUUUUACUAAUAUAGUUGCUUAUCAAUGAGACAAUGAUCAAUCCCUCUCUCUGGGGAUUGAGAUGGUGAAUGAAAUUGAGAAUUACUAGUUAUGUUAUUUGCAAUAUCUUGUUAAUUUUCU